GGAACUCUUUCGUCAGCUUUAAAUGAGUUUAUGUCAAUAAAACUGACACAUGCAUGUGCAAAAAUAAGUGUGCAUUGGUCAAGAAAAGUGACCAGUUUUUAAAUAAUGUUUACAAGUUGCACGUAAACACACCGUGCAUUCGCUGAUUUCCAGCAGAUCCAGAGUUGUGCGCGCGGUUAAAGUGGGAAACCUGUUGCAUGAUGUUUAAAUACAGAUUGCAAUCUAGAACAUAGUUCGUAGUCAUUGUUUUGGAGCAGAUCUGGAGUUAUGCAUGAUGUUUGCGGCUCUGUGUUGCAAAGGCUUUUGAGUGUAUAGUUAGUGUAUAGUGUGCACAGUUACAAUCCAACUAAAAUAAUUUCGUUCACUGAUUUCUAGGGUUAUGCCUAAAGUGCACGUGGUGAACUUUUGCAUUAUGUGGUAAUUAUAUAAACAAAAGUUUAAAACUCAGAUUAUAUGCUAAUGCAUUUUAGAAUACAUAUUUGCUGAUUUUAAUUUUUUUUUUUUUUUGCACAGAUCCAGAGUUAUGCAUGAGGAUUUGGGUGGAUUAUAAUUCAAUAAUUUAUGUUUACAGCAUCAUUUGCAAAUAAUUAAUGUAAAUGCAACCUAAAAUAUGCUGUGCAUUAACUGCCUUAGGGCAGGUCCAGUGCUUAUGUGUAAUGAUUACUUUAUGUAAAUACUUUUCAAAGUGCAGUUUAUAUGCUAAUGCAUCCUACAAUAUAAUGCACAUUCACUGAUUUUUGCACAGUUAUGCAUGAGUUUUGGGGUGUGUUACCUGUUGCAUUGUGUUGAAAAGGCUGUUGAGUGCAAACUAUUUUGUUUACAAUACCAUUAACAUGUAAAGUGCAUUUAAAGUAUGCACUCUGUUAUUUUACAGGCAGAUUUUGGCGUAUGCAUGAGGUUUGGGCCGCUGACAUGAGCAAACCCGUAGACAAGCGGAUAUAUAAGGGAACGCUUCCCACGUGUCACGACUCCAAUGCGUUGACAGCCACGGCGGAGAGCGUCUCGCUGCUGGUGGGCUUUUCUGCAGGGCAAGUACAGCUCAUUGACCCCAUCAAAAAGGAAACCAGCAAACUUUUUAAUGAAGACAGACUAAUCGACAAAACCACGGUGACGUGUUUAAAGUGGGUCCCGGGUUCAGAGAGUCUGUUCCUGGUGGCUCAUGGGAGCGGUUGUUUGUACCUGUACAAUGUGGAGCACACCUGUGGAACGACUCCGCCGCAUUACCAGCUCCUAAAGCAAGGCGAGAGCUACGCCAUACACACCGGCAAGAGCAAAACGGCCCGCAAUCCUCUCCUCCGCUGGACGGUGGGCGAAGGCGCGGUUAACGAAUUUGCUUUCUCGCCCGACGGAAAGUUUCUGGCCUGCGUCAGUCAGGAUGGAUUCCUUCGCGUCUUCAGCUUUGACGCGACAGAGCUGCAAUGCACAAUGAAAAGCUACUUCGGUGGGCUAUUGUGCGUUUGCUGGAGCCCCGACGGACGAUUCAUCGUAACCGGCGGGGAAGACGAUCUCGUUACGGUCUGGUCGUUUUCGGACGCCAGGGUCGUUGCUCGCGGACGAGGGCACAAAUCGUGGGUGAGCGUCGUAGCGUUCGAUCAUUGCAUCACUAGCGUUCAGGAUUGCGACGCGCCGGCGGAGUUUAGCGGAAGUGACGAAGACUUCCAUGACAACGCGCAAUUCAACGGAAAUCGUGAACGGGCGAAUAGUGCGCAAUCAAGACUAUCCAAACGAAACUCUACGAACGGUAGCGUGACGUACCGGUUUGGCUCGGUCGGUCAGGACACUCAGCUAUGCUUAUGGGACCUUACAGAAGACGUUCUGUUUCCGUUAUCCAGAACGAGGACUCAAACGAACGCAAUGAGCGCAGAAACCGGCGCUAACGGAAACAAUAGCGCGAACUCUUCGUUACCGCGUUCGAAUAGUUUGCAACACUCAACAGGCAGCAGCCCAAACAGCAACAAACCAACCAGCAUAGUAGACAGCGCUUUGAUCGCGACAGGUGUCAGCAAAUUCGCAACGUUAGCUUUGCACGAAGUGCGUAAGGAGCGGAAUCAGGAAAAGGAGCACAAACGCAAUCACAGCAUAAGCUACAUUAGCAACAAGAGCAGCGACAAGCUCAACCAGAUCAUCGGCGCACGAGCGGCUAAAACGGACGUUGCGAAGUCGCUGGGAACGACCUCGUGUCCGCGCAUGGAGGAAAUCCCGCUGCUGGAGCCGCUGGUUUGUAAGAAAAUCGCCCACGAGAGACUCACGGUGUUGAUCUUCCUCGAGGACUGUUUGGUCACUGCCUGCCAGGAGGGAUUCGUUUGCACGUGGGCACGACCUGGAAAAGUGGGUCUGUUGUCGUCCCAAAACCCAGCCAACUCUCCCAGCGGGACGGUCGUAUAGCUGCUCUAACUGGACCUUCAGACGCAUUGUAUCAGUCGUGUCAUGUUUGCUGAGGAACACGCAUUUAUUAUUCAUGCCGAAGCCUGUCAAGAUCAUAUUUCACCCUAAAAUGAACAAAGAAAAAUGUUUGCAUAAACAAAACGGACCAUUAAGAUUUUAUGCAUUAUUUUCAUGACAAUUAAACACACUUUCAGUCUGAUUCUUGUUACUGUGAUGCAAUAUAUCGUGAAAUACAAAUGUAAGUACCAUAAUAGUAUUUAAUGUACAGUAUGCUGAGUUUAAUUAAAAGCAAAAUGAUUCUGUCCAAACAGGAUGGUUUUCACUACUGUAUGUUUUUCACAUUUCAAUAAGCUACUGAGAAUUGCGGAAAUGUGUGUAAUUGUCAUGAAAAUAAUGAAAACGAAUGGUCAUUUGGGAUGAAAUAUGACGUUCUCGGCAGGUUUUGAGAGUCAAACUGAUGUUCGGUAUUUUCAGUAAUUAGUUUUGUUCCCUCUUGCUUCAUUAUGUGUUUUAUAACUACCAUAGUUCACAGAAUCGCAGUCCAUUCCUUCCACAUUCGUGACGGUCCUCCGUUUGUCCUCACUGGAUUUCUGAGAUCAGAACAAACAGACUGUCGAGGUGUUUUGCACUGAUUGUUGAAACUGUUUUUCUCAUAAUUGCAUUGGAACAAAAACAUGCUGGAAGUCGCUGAUGCGUUUCGGUAACGGCGUGAUGCUUUGCUCCGUCAGCGCUGGAUGUUGCAAUCAAACUUUUGUUCAAGAGUGAAAAAUCAUUUGCACUAAACAAUUAGAAGAAAAUGGCUUUACAAAUGUUUGGAGUCGUAAAGGACUCCCUGGAAAUGCUGUAAAAGUAUAAAGAGAACUAGAUAUCUUUUCUGAACAUUUAUUUUAAUAUUGUUUCAAAUGAAACGGGUUAUUGUACAAUGUGUAAAUAUUGUAAAUUACGGAUUUAUGAUGGAUUGAAAUAAUAAUUACACAAAAUAGAAAACAGUUGUAUUUCUAAUACAGAGGAAUAUAUAUAUAUAUAU